AUGCCAUCAUCAAAUAGCCAAGCAAAUGAUGCCUUCUCGGAGAAGGAGUUUCAAGUUUUUUUAACUUCAACAAGGGAUUGUUAUGUGCAAUUACCUCACGAAUACGUUCUCUCCAAUGCAGUAUUGAAUGAAAGCAAGGGGAAAAUUCAAGUAUUUAAAAUUAUAAAUCAUGAUGAUGAUGAUUAUUUGUGUUGGAGUUGGCAUACUCAUCAGCAAGCUCCGAACAAGAUUGGAAUACCAUCAACAUUGGCUAAAUGUUUGGAAAUUAAUGAAAAUGAUAAUAUUACUAUUAAAUUAUUGAAGGACGUGAAAAUGUGUAAGAGUGUUUUUGUUAGACCUGAAACAAUAGAUGAUUCGGAAAUUUUGGAAUUCAAUCAAAAUAGUAUUGAAGAGGAGUUACUUUCACAAGUUAGAAUUGCAUACAGGGAUAUGAAAUUCCCACUUUUUAUCAAUAAUAAUAUUAGUAUUACAUUAAAUACAUAUCAAUGUGGCAACGAUGAUAAGGAUACCAAUGUGUAUAUAAUUGAUAGUGGAACUGAAUUAAUUGUUGAAACUAAACAUGAAAUUAUUGAUGAAGUUAAACAAGAAAAGAAAAAGUAUUACAUUAAAUCGAAAUUAGAAAAAUUAUCCACAAUUGCAAAUAGAUUGGAUUUGAAAUAUACUCACGAGCAAAUAGAUGAUGAUAAAUUUAUUUAUGUUUCCAAAGAUAUUGCCACUAAAAUUGGACUUGUUAGUGGUGAUUUAGUUCAAGUAUUACAUUUGAAUAUCAUUAGAAAGAAUAUUAUCAAGGAUGAAACUGAACAAGCUGAAGAACAAAAGAAUCCUCUUGAUGCUUUGAAAGAAUUUGAAGAAAAGAAGGAAAGAGUAUGUUUUAAUUAA